UGUUUUUUCUGCCUGUUCUCCACUCACACUCUCGCUCAGCAGAGAUUCAGAGGUGGAGAGCAAAGAUUCUCACUGGGAAAAAAAGGGGGGGAAGGGAAAACAGAUUUUCUUCCUCUCACAUCAAAAAAAGAGACACAACCAAGAAAUAAAGAUGGAGAGGAUGCAAGGAGAGGGAGAGGUGGACCACCUGGAGCGGCCGAGCCCACUGACUGACAAGGAGAGGGUGAUGAUCCAGGACUCCUGGGCAAAAGUCUACCAGAACUGUGAUGAUGUCGGGGUGGCCAUACUUGUCAGGCUGUUUGUGAACUUCCCCUCAUCCAAGCAGUACUUCAGCCAGUUUAAGCACAUCGAGGAGUCGGAGGAGCUGGAGAGGAGCGCCCAGCUUAGGAAGCAUGCUCGCAGAGUCAUGAAUGCCCUCAAUACAAUGGUGGAGAGCCUUGACAACGCCGACAAGGUGGCCUCGGUGCUGAAGGUGGUGGGCAAGGCUCACGCACUUCGACACAAGGUGGAGCCUGUGUACUUCAAGUUCCUGAGUGGUGUGAUACUGGAGGUCCUAGGAGAAGUGUAUCCGGAGGUGGUGACACCAGAGGUGGCCGCAGCGUGGACCAAACUCCUGGCAACUGUCUGCUGCAGCAUCUCAGCCGUCUAUGAGGAAGUGGGCUGGACUAAGCAUUCAACUUCGACUGGGCAGACAGAGGAGACAGACGUGCCAUACACAAAGAGCAAUGGAGCAGCAGAAACCCAAAAAUGACAACAGUGAACAUCACAGGACAUGACCAGAGUAGGCCAUCAUCUCAAGUCUGGUGAGCGUCAGCGGCAUCUGCUAUCAAGACUUAUUUCCCUGGAUGCUAUGCAGAGAGAUUUCCUGUAAUCUUUUUUCUUGCUUUCUGUCAUUGAUCAGACUCUGAUUUAUCUGCACUUGACAGCUCACGCCAAGACUCCCACCAGGAUUUAAAAAAAAAAAAAGAAAAAGAAAAAAGAAAAAGAAAAGUGGGGCUUGAAAAACAACGAGGCCUGUUUUGAUCAUGGCUUCCCCUAUCUGUCCUGCAGACGCUCUCACCACUGGAACAAGAAACAGUGACUCCGGGGUGAAUUCCAGCUCAGAAGUUGAAGCCUGACAAAUGCCAUGCACUGAUCAUGAAAAUUUACAGCACUGUCACUUCAAAGUCGGGUAUAUGAUCAGAAAGUGAUAAACAUGUUAUGUGCCUCUGCAUAAAAACAAGCAGUAAUAAUUUCUUUGAUUUCCUGCUUUUGCUCAUUUUUAAAAAUAAUGAUCUGUGUUACAUGUAUGUAUGUAUGAGGACAGGAUGAGCUGUGAUGGAUAUUUCUUAAAGAGUAGUGUCUCUUAAUAUCGCAUAAGUGACCUAAUUUCUUGAGAAAAAGGGGCUGAAGUCAUGCAUUGUAGUGUAAUGUAUUGCAUUGUGUAUGGCAGGUAUAUCAAUUCUGUGAAUCCCUUAAAGGUUUAUGUUGUUCAGACAGGAGCCCAAAAAU